CAUUGAGCCAUCAACCGCUUCUAUGCUGCAUUGCAGCACAUGCGCUUCUAUACAACGAACUGCGACAAUGACUCGAUAGCUCUCUGGAACUAUAUCUUAUCCCCAACCUUUUUACAUCUCACAAGGUCUUCUAGACCGUUUUCGCUCCUUUUCCACGUAUGGUAGCUAACAAGAUCGGUUUUGUAUAAAACCUUCGCCUACAACGCAACUGUCUCCUAGGUCACAAGAAUACUCCCACCCACCAUGGCUUUGCCCAGGCGGGUCGGCUUUCUAGCCCUGGCAAUUAUCUUCCACACGAUAUACACCUACUCGAUAUUCGAUAUCUACUUCGUCAGCCCCAUCGUCAGCGGCAUGCGCGAAUUCGGCGUCCAACGAGCUCCCUCCGCAAAAGCCCCCGCAAAGCGACUCUUCCUCUUCGUCGGCGACGGUCUGCGCGCCGACAAGGCGUUCCAAUCCUUUCCGGACCCGUCGCCGGGAGGCGUUCUGGAUCCAGAUUAUAGCUCUGUGCCGUCAGAUAGUAACCCGCCUCGGCCGCUUGCACCGUUCAUUCGCUCCCGCGUCCUUCACCAUGGCACCUUUGGCGUGUCGCAUACGCGGGUACCUACCGAAUCUAGGCCGGGACAUGUCGCCCUUAUUGCUGGGUUGUAUGAGGAUGUGUCGUCGGUGACAACGGGGUGGAAGCUCAAUCCGGUCAAUUUCGACAGCGUUUUCAAUCGCAGCAGACAUACCUGGAGCUGGGGGAGUCCGGAUAUCCUACCGAUGUUCAAGGAGGGUGCGACGCCUGGGAAGAUCGAUGCGGAAUCAUAUGACGAUGAAGCUGAGAAUUUUAGCAAGGACGGGUCGCAGUUGGAUAUAUGGGUGUUUGAGAAGGUGAAGGCGUUAUUUGCGGCGGCAAAGGAGGAUCCAGAGCUCGAUGCGCGCUUGAGGGAGGAUAAGCUCGUUUUCUUUUUGCAUUUGCUCGGUUUAGAUACGGCUGGCCACUUUUUUCGGCCUUAUUCAAAGGAGUAUCUGCAUAAUAUCAAGGUUGUCGACCAAGGGGUGAAGGAGAUUACGGGAUUGGUUGAGGAAUUUUACGGCGACAAUGAAUCCGCCUUCAUUUUUACGGCUGAUCAUGGCAUGAGUGAUUGGGGGAGCCAUGGUGAUGGGCAUCCAGACAACACCCGCACUCCCUUGGUGGCCUGGGGUUCCGGCGUCGCUAAACCGAAAAUUCAGAAAAGGAAGAAAGCACCAGGCCAUGAGGAUGGGUUCUCGUCGGACUGGAACUUGGACAACGUUCACAGACACGAUGUUGCCCAGGCCGAUGUGGCUGCUCUCAUGGCAUACCUGGUUGGGCUGGAUUUCCCAGUGAAUUCGGUUGGGGAGCUUCCCCUUUCCUACCUUGAUGCGUCUCCCAAGGAAAAGGCUCUGGCCGCUCUGGCGAAUACGCAAGGGGUUCUGGAAAUGUAUCGGGUCAAAGAGGAAAACAAACGAGCAUCAACUUUGCGGUACCAACCAUAUCGGGCUUUCGGGGAUGAUGAUCACUCGAUUGAGAAACGCAUCUCUGAAAUUCAAAAGUUAAUUUCGAGGAAGAAAUAUGACGAGGCGAUUAAGGAAUCUUCAAAUCUUUUGCAUACCGCUCUAGAAGGCCUGCGAUAUCUGCAGACCUAUGACUGGCUAUUCCUCAGAACUAUAGUCACUGCAGGCUAUCUCGGAUGGAUUGCAUAUGCCCUGACCACAGUGCUCGAUCUCCAUGUACUGCAUGGAUCUUCCGUCCCAAGCCGUACGACAUUCAGUACAAUGUUCUUUUCGUCCAUACUCGUCAUAUUGUAUUCUAUCUUUUGGAUUCAAAAGUCGUCGUGGAGAUACUACGCAUAUGGUAUUUUCCCCAUCUUCUUCUGGGAAGAAGUCGUGGCGAAGCGGAAUGCGUUAGCGGCCGGACGAAAGAUUCUUCUCAGCCAUGUUCAGUCACUGAGUGACUACAUAUCUUUUGGUUUACAAAUAUUGGUAUAUGUUGGGAUUUUGGAGGCACUUGUUCAAUCAUAUUUUUAUCGCGAAAUUUACACAAUUUGCUUCAUGCUUGCGGCGAUAUGGCCUAUAUCCUACGGCAUUGGCUUCCUGUCGCGCAAUAAACUCGUCGUAGCUACGUGGAGUAUCGGAUGUGCUUUAAUGAGCACCUUCACGCUCCUACCCGCUAAUAAGGUGGAAGAUGUAACUACCAUAACGAUAGGCGGUACUCUCAUGGUCCUUACCGGACUCUUCUAUCUAAUAUUCGAGGAAUCUAUAACGCCCCAUUCUAAAACCCUAUCAAUUGCCGUCAGUAAGGGUUCCAGGCGAAUUAUGGGCAUGCAGACCGGCAUGAUUCUGCUGGCUAUAAUAGUAACGAGAUCUACCAUCACCUCACUGCAGGCAAAAGAAGGUUUGCCGUUAGGAAACCAAGCCGUGGGAUGGUCGAUUCUAGUGGCUUCACUUGUAUUACCCUUCUUCCACCGGCUAUACCCAAAUAGCCACUACCUCCAUCGCCUUGUCGUGAUCUUCCUCUCCUUCUCUCCGACAUUCAUCAUUCUCACCAUCUCGUACGAGGGACUCUUCUACUUCGUCUUUUGUAUUACCCUCCUCAGUUGGGUUCAACUUGAACACCGCAUUUACACCUACACAUCUUCCACACCAUCGGUCACCACCGCUUCAUCGGAUGAUGACGCUCAAAUAACAGCGCAACCUAAUCGCAAAAAUCAAGCAUCCAAAUCGCCUUACCGUAUCCUAACCAUAGCAGACGCCCGAAUUGCACUGUUCUUCUUCUUCCUCCUCCAAUCCGCCUUCUUCUCCACCGGCAACAUUGCCUCAGUCUCCUCCUUCUCCCUCGAAUGCGUCACCAGACUAAUCCCCAUCUUCAACCCCUUCUCGCAGGGAGCGCUGCUAAUCCUAAAGAUUCUAAUCCCAUUCGCCAUCAUCAGCGCGAAUCUGGGUAUCCUCAACCGGCGCCUAGGCGUCGCGCCCUCCUCUCUCUUUAUGAUUGUCAUGUCCAUCAGUGACAUCAUGACGCUUAAUUUCUUCUACAUGGUGCGCGACGAGGGGAGCUGGCUUGAUAUCGGCACGACGAUUAGUCACUUCUGCAUUGCCAGCGGGCUGUGCACGUUCGUUGCUGGGUUAGAGUUCCUUAGUGAAACGUUCAUUUGUGGUGUAAAGUUUGAGGAUGCUGGCGCUGGUGCAGCUGGUUAUGGAAAUGAUCAUGGCAAGCCGGAGAAGGGUGAGAAGGAGACGCAAACGACGACAAAGAAGGGAAAGGCCGCUGUGGUGUCGAAUGGUGCUAAUGGCAUUUCUUCUCAUGCGCUGGAUGUGACGUCCUUAGCCGACGCAACGAACGGACACACUAAUGGCUCCGCGAAACCUUUCAUCGAAUCAUCUGGGAAGAAUUAAAUUUACUCAAUAUCAUCCUUAUCAUAUUCACCACAAUCCUACACAUCCCAUUUCUUUCUCAUGAGAUACUGAAGCUUUUUUUUUUUUUUGGAAAUCCCUUACAUCAUGAGGAUAGGCAUGAUGUUCUCCCCAGCAGAGAUAUUGCCCCUGUAGGCUUUUCUAUCUUCAUCACAGCCCAAUACCUCCUUCUAUUCUUCUUUCAUCACUCCUAGAUGUCUCUCCGGUGAUUCAUUUUUACAGUUUAUAAAAAGGGCAGGAUAAAAAAGGGAUAGGGAAUUGUCUUAUAUCAUAUAAUAAUCAUAUGCAUAUCAUGAGCUUAAUAGUAUUCUUAUUUCUUAUUUUUAUUUUUAUUUUUAUUUUUAUUUUCAUUUUUAUUUUUAUUUUUAUUUUUUUUUUUUUUUUUGGAGGCGAAGUAUUCUUUCUCUCUGCUUUUCUGCUCUGUGUUUCCUCUUUGUUGGUUGUUGUCUCUUGCAGCCCUUCUAGCCCAAGCAAUCGCUAGGGUUCUCUCUGCUGCGUUUUAUAGUGCUAUUCGCAGGGUAUAUUUUCUAUACGUUUAAUUUCCAAUUCAGAAGAGUGUAUACUCCGUACAGAGUACAGAUCGAGCUAAUUGACUUUCGACUUCCAGACCGUCUUCAACAACAAAAUAUGGGUUAACUCCCAAACACUUCUAAACACCCGUUAGUGAGAAUCAGAUAGCUUCCUCUCCGCU